AUGCUCUCUCGGGCUCUGACACCUCGCGAGACGAAGCUGCAGGGUCAGCAGUCUACGCUAGACGACACGCGUUCACCGCCCGCGUGGCGACGACCAUUGGACGAGCCUCCUCGCUCUAGCCCACGCUACGCGACGACAUUGUUGUCGGGCAACGCCGCGGUAUUCAACGCAUACGCAGAGGAGACGAUGCGUUCACCGCGGUCGAAAAUACACAGAGCGCUCACGCUACCCGACUUCGAUAUUGGCAGUUGGCAGCGGCGGCGAAGGCCGAGUGGACAAUGA